AUGUCGAUUGACUUUCCAAAGGAAGAGGAGCGUAUCCUCAAGCGCUGGGAGGAGAUUGACGCCUUCCUGACGCAGGUCGAACUGUCCAAAGGCAAGGACCCUUACACCUUCUACGAUGGACCGCCCUUCGCAACAGGAAUGCCUCACUAUGGCCAUCUUCUAGCCUCGACCAUCAAGGAUAUUAUCCCGCGAUACUGGUCCAUGAACGGACGAUAUGUCGAGCGCCGAUUUGGUUGGGACACCCACGGCGUGCCCAUCGAGUACGAGAUUGACAAGGAGCUGGGAAUGUCCGGUCGUGACGCCGUGAGAGAGAUCGGAAUCGCAAAGUACAACGAGAAGUGCAGGGCUAUUGUCAUGCGCUAUGCGACCGAGUGGAGGCACACGAUCAACAGGCUAGGGCGCUGGAUAGACUUCGACAACGACUACAAGACCAUGAACACAAGCUUCAUGGAGUCUGAGUGGUGGGUGUUCAAGCAGCUCUACGAGAAGAACGCCGUCUACCGUGGCUUCAAGGUCAUGCCUUACAGCACCGAGCUGGCCACGCCCCUCAGCAACUUCGAAGCCUCGCAGAACUACAAGGAUGUUCAGGACCCCGCUGUGGUCGUCACUUUCCCUCUCGUUGAGGAUCCGAACACAUGUCUGCUGGCAUGGACCACCACACCAUGGACCCUACCCAUGAACACCGGACUCUGCGCGCAUCCCGACUUCGAGUACGUCAAAAUUCACGACGAAGCCUCCGGAAAGCACUAUAUUCUGCUUGAAGCACUGUUGCGAACACUUUACAAGGACCCGAAGAAGGCAAAAUUCAAGAUUGUGCAGAAGCUCAAGGGCAAGGACCUACUUGGGUGGAAAUACGAGCCGCUGUUCGACUAUCUGUACGACGAAUUCAAGGACUUUGGCUUCAAGGUGUUGAACGACGGAUACGUUACGGCUGACAGUGGUGUGGGUAUCGUUCAUCAGGCACCCGCCUACGGUGAAGACGAUUACCGAGUCGCCAAGGAACACGGCGUUAUCAACGAGGACCGCCUUCCGCCCAACCCCGUCGACGAUGCCGGCAAAUACACAUCGGUUGUGCGCGACUUUGAAGGUCAGCACGUCAAGGCUGCAGACAAGGGCAUUAUCAAGCACCUGAAGGCGAGUGGCAGGCUCAUCGUGGACUCUCAGCUCCUGCAUAGUUAUCCUUUCUGCUGGCGUUCCGACACACCGCUGAUCUACCGGACUGUCCCAUCUUGGUUCAUCAAGAUUCAGGACAUCAAGGAGAAGAUGCUCGAAAAUAUUCAGGGUUCGCACUGGGUGCCUUCUUUCGUCAAGGAGAAGCGCUUCGCAAACUGGAUUCAGAACUCGCCAGAUUGGGCGGUUUCAAGGAACCGCUUCUGGGGUACACCACUACCUCUGUGGGUCAGCGAUGACGGCAAGGAGGUUGUUUGUGUUGGCAGUGUUGAGGAGUUGAAGAAGCUCAGCGGUUACGAGGGCGAGCUUACUGACAUCCAUCGUGACAAGAUUGACGAUAUCACCAUCCCCAGCCAACAAGGCAAGGGCGUUCUGAGGAGAACACCUGAAGUUUUCGACUGCUGGUUCGAGUCUGGAUCCAUGCCAUACGCAAGUGCACACUACCCCUUCGAGAACGUCGAGCAAUUUGAGAAGUCGUUCCCUGGUGACUUCAUCGCAGAGGGUCUUGACCAAACUCGCGGAUGGUUCUACACACUGACAGUACUCGGAACACAUCUGUUUGGCAAGCUGCCAUUCAAGAACUGUGUCGUCAAUGGCAUCGUGCUUGCAGAAGACGGCAAAAAGAUGUCAAAGCGUCUGAAGAACUACCCUGACCCUCUUGGUGUGAUGGAGAGUUACGGUUCAGACGCCCUGCGAUUGUACCUUAUCAACUCGCCUGUGGUUCGCGCCGAGACACUUCGCUUCAAGGAGGCAGGUGUCAAGGAUAUCGUCUCCAAGGUGCUGCUGCCCCUUUGGAACAGCUACCAGUUCUUCGAUCAGCAGGUUGCCCUCCUGAAAAAGGUGGCCGAUCUUCAUUUCGAGUUCGACCCUGCUGCUGAGAAGACCAACACCAACGUUCUCGACCGAUGGAUCUUGGCAUCUUGCCAGUCGCUGCUUAAGUUUGUUAACGCCGAGAUGGCUGCGUACCGACUGUACACUGUCGUCCCGCGCCUGCUUGAGCUUAUCGACAACACCACUAAUUGGUACAUUCGAUUCAACCGCCGCCGUCUUAAGGGCGAAUACGGUCUAGAAGACACAAAGCAUGCCCUUAACACCUUGUUCGAGGUCCUGUACACCCUCUGCCGAGGUCUCGCCCCCUUCACCCCCUUCAUCACCGACAACAUCUACCUCCGUCUUCUUCCCCACAUUCCCAAGGAACUCCGCGCCGAGGAUGACCGCAGUGUGCACUUCCUUCCUUACCCGACCGUGCGUGAAGAGCUUUUUGAUGAGGACGUCGAGCGUCAAGUCAAGCGCAUGCAGUCAGUCAUCGAGCUUGGACGUAUUUGCCGUGAUCGCGCCAACAAGGGCUUGAAGACUCCCUUGAAGGCUCUGGUCGUUAUCCACCCCGACCAGCAAUACCUCGACGACAUCAAGUCGCUGCAGAAUUACAUCUUAGAGGAGCUGAACGUCCGUGAUCUUGUGCUGUCGAGUGACGAAGAGAAGUACAAUGUCCAGUACACAGCGACUGCCGACUUCUCUAUCUUGGGCAAGAAGCUCAAGAAGGAUGCGGUCAAGGUCAAGAAGGCUCUACCCAACCUCAAGAGUCAGGAGAUCAAGGACUACAUCAAGAAGGGCGAGAUCACCAUCGAAGGCAUCAAGCUGGAGGGCGAGGACCUGCUGGUCAAGCGAGGAUUGGCAAAGGACGCCGAAAGCAAGGACCAAGAGUUUAACACCGACAACGAUGUCCUCAUCAUUCUCGAUGUUGCCAGCUACCCCGAGCUUGAGCAAGAGGGUCUAGCUCGUGAGGUCAUCCGUCGUGUACAAGAUCUGCGAAAGAAGGCUGGUCUCGUUCCCACAGAUGAUGUAGGUAUGGAGUACAAGAUUCUGAGUGACCCCGAGAACGUAGGCCUGGAGGCAGCGUUCGAAAACCAGGGGCCUCUCUUCGAGAAGUCACUGAGAAGAAAUGUCGACAAGCACACCGUCACCGAGUUGGACGGCAAGAUUACUGAGAAGAACAAGGACACAGUCAUAGCUGAGGAGGAGCAGGAGAUCCAGAAGGCCACCUUCUUGUUGAGACUUAUCAAGUUGUAA